AUGAGACUGCGGUCGAACCACGUUCUUCCGCCAAUCUCGGACUACGUCCCACGCCGCCGGCGCACGACGCGUAGUGCGUCGGCGGCUGCGACGGACGCAGCAUCCGAGACCACCACCACCGCGCCCGAGGCGCAAGAGACUGUGUCAGAGACACAGUCCGCUGGAGAGAGGCCCGCUCCAAAGCGAAAGCCAGCCAAGCAAGCUGGCCGCAAGAAGAAGGCCGCCGCAAAGGGCAAGAAGAAGGCCGCCGCUCCCACCUCGGAGCCUGACGCCACCGAGUCCCAGGAAGACCCCGUUACACUCAUUCCGUCCGUGGAGCAACCAGACACCCGACGAAUUAUCACGGCCUUCAAAUGGGGCAGUGCCAGCGAACUUCUGAAAAGGGAGCCUGAGCCAACUCCUCCCCCUCCGAAAACCCCCGUCACUUACUAUGCCUGGCCCCCUGGAAGAGCCUAUGAUAAGCUUCGUCGAAUCCCCUGGUCACUCCCCUGGUCCCCGCCAUCUCCCUGGAAGGACUGGCCUCGCAGACUCCCUAUGAUUAAUACCCCGGAUGAAUCCCUGCUGACCCCCACGGAAGAGCCCAGCAGGAAACGGAAUCGAUUGUCCGAAGUCGAUCCUACGCCGUCGAAACGUCACAAGUUGACACUUCAAACUCCAUCCAGCUUCGAAAACCGUCCUCGUGGCAGCUCUCGCAGAACGUAUGCGGAUCGCGCGCGACGACGCGAAGCGGAAAGGAAUGGACGAAUCGAUAGCACCAUUUACCGUGUCCCCGAGCUUUUGGCUCAGCAGGGCGAAGAUGUGAGAUCUGGCAACUCGACCCCUCUGGCCUCUCACGCAAAUGAAGAGACGGCGCCCCGUGGUAACCGUAUUGUUUCAUUCUCUUCGGUGCCUUCUGCACUUCCAUCAACUCCAAAUCAGAAUCAAAACCGGACUGGUUGGGGACAAUGGUUCUUCAACUCAGUGACUGGUCUUUGGAGACGAGGCAAUGGGCCCCAAACUGCACAGGUCCCACAAGUGGCCGAACCUCAACAUUCAAUGGGAAAUGACUCUUCUGCUUCCGUCACAACACCCUCCUCAGCUCCCCCUUCCUCUUCAGUUAUACCACUAAGAAAUUUCGAAUCUCCCACUCCCCGCCCACGUGGUGCAGAGAAAAACUCGCGUCUGACAGCCAGUGCACGUGCUCCACGAGUCGGCCAAAGAAGGCAAUAUGACUAUGAUCUGUACCCACGAGGUUUCGACCAAGCACUGCUUGAGCGCAUGCGUGUCGGGGAGUCGGAUAUUGCGGGCCUUGACAUUCCAAAUUCAGAAGAAGAACUUCGUGCAAUCUGCGAGAGAGAAUCGAAGAAGCGCAAGCGCGAACCCUCCCCCGAUGUCAUUCCACACCCUCCAGGAUGUAGUUAUGGGUUUGACCCAGCCUACUUCGAGAUCCCGGAUGACUACGUGGACUUGCCCACAGACAAGCAGGGACCCCAAGAUAAUACGGCCAAACAAGCUACAGUCAGCGAUGCACCGAAAGAGAAGCAUGUCUCCAAGCGUGCGCGCCAAGUCACAGUCGAUGAUGCACCAGAAGAGAAGGAUGUCUCCGAGCGUGUCCGUGAAGAUACCACGACCAAACGACCUACACUCACCGAUACAUCAAAAGAGGAGCAUGUCUUCAACCAUGUUCGCUCUGACAAUACCCGCCUGGAAAACUUCAACGACCAGGGUGCAUCCAAGCCCACCGAAGGUUCCGGCGACGAACUUCGCAAGGCCCGUCAACAUGCAGAGCAGUACAAGCCGAAAACCCCCAGUCGUCUUCGAGCGGCCCAUCGUUUCUCGACCAGCUAUAACUCGUCGAUUGAAGACGACGUCCUCCGUCGCCGCAAGAUGAGAAAAACCUCCCUGGCCACGGCAUGCCCCACCGGUGAUCUGAGCCAAAUCAUCUGGCCGGAGACUGAAUCUUGGAUUGAGCGCUUGGAUCUCGACGACCCUAACCUUCACAAGUACCUACCGCGCGCAUGGUCCUCGAGUGCCGCCGGCAAGAAGGCAUACAUUGAAAACCAUCAUGGGUUCUUCAUGGACCGGCUUGCUACUCGGCGUGCUGCUCAGUAA